AAAAAUAAGUAAUACCAGCUUCCUCAUUGGUCUUCAAAGUUGGGAAGAGACUGUUCUCUUCCAUUACUGAUCUGCUGACACGUGAUGGUGUCACAUGAACUUGGUGUGUCGACAGAGAUCAUAAACAAUAUGUGAGGUUUGGGAAACCCUGCAGAACAGCUCUGCCUGCACAUUAACGAGCAUAACACCUAUCCUGCUAACUUUCUAUACAAAAAAAGAUGUAUGGGGUUAAUUCUGGGUUUUUCUCUAAAGAGGACUGUUCACUGUUUUAGGAAUACAAACUGGACAGGAUUCAGUGUGAUUUUAUUCAAUUACAUCAACAAGAUUUUUUUCAUGUCUUAAGUGUUGCUCUAAGAUGUCAGCUACAAAUCAGUCUAAGACCAACAUCACUGUUGGACAGCAGUAUGUGGGGUUACUGGAAAGAGUGUUAGUUUCCACUCUGACUACAAUGCCAUGCUGUGUGUUUCUCUUCAUUAAUGGGACCCUGUUAUUCACCUUGAGGAGUAAACCAGUGUUUUGUGAGACCUCCCGUUACAUUCUUCUGUACAACCUUCUUUUUGCAGACACUCUACUGUUGGCACAGAGCCAGUUAAUGUACAUACUAUCUGCUUGUAGAAUAAGGGUGACGUAUCCUGUGUGUGGUGCUCUCACCAUGCUCUCCAAACUCACAACUGUGAUCUCCCCUCUCACACUGGUGGUGAUGUCUAUGGAGAGAUAUGUCGCUGUGUGCUACCCACUGAGGCACGCUACCAUCGUCACCAUCAGAAACACAGCAGUGGCCAUCAUUGUGGUUUGGGCUUUUAGUUCACUAAAUGUCCUCAUUCGAGUUCUUUUGCUAUUAAUAUUUCCAUUUCAAAACCUGCAGAGCCUGGAGAUGAAAGAUCUUUGCUCUGACAUAGCCAUGUUUCUUGUUCCAAUAUCUGAGCAUUAUGACAAAGCCUAUACUUGUUUUCUGUUUGUAUCAGCUGGUGUGGCAGUCACUUCUUCCUAUAUUGGUGUGAUGAUAGCAGCCAGGUCGGCCUCCACAGACAAAGCUUCAGCCCGUAAGGCUCGUAACACACUGUUGCUGCAUCUGGUGCAGCUGGGCCUCAGUCUCUCCUCAACUAUGAAUAGCCCAUUGCUCACAGCUAUCUCAGAAAUUGCAUCGAGGGUAGUACUUGUGCGCAUCCAGAUUGUUUUUUAUGUGUGUGUUUUUCUCCUCCCCAGAUGUUUGAGUGCUCUCAUCUAUGGUCUCAGAGACCAGACCAUCAGACCCGUCCUUAUGUACCAUCUAUGCUGUCAACUGAAACGCUCAGUCGUCCCAGCCAAGGCUGAGAGGUCAAGCUUUGUCAAGUUUUCAGGGAGGCCUUCAUAAUUCACCAUAUCUGAUUGUAGUGAUUGAUUGAGCAAGAAAGAAACUGAAAACACUGAUUCAUAGUUUUGAGAACAACAUUGUUCAUUUGUAAAAACAACAAAUGUCAGUGUUAAUUGAAAUUCACUGGAAGUCACUGAGGCUGCAUUCAUCUCUCUGAAUAGAUAUACUGUAUAUCACUGUGUGUGGGAAUCAAUCUGAAUUUAUUAAAAUUUUAAUAAUUCAU